AUGGACGGGUUCGCUGAGACGGUUAGAGAAGGAUGGGGGAGAAACAAAAGUCGUAAUCAUCAGACUGACUUGGUGGAGAAAUUAUAUAGAUGCAGGAAGGCGAUCUCAUACUGGAAACGCAACAACCCAUCUAACAAUCUAAAACUGAUUGAGCUACCAAAAGCGAAGAUAGAUCAAGCUCAAAACGAUGAUUCCAUGACGAGCGAAGAAGAACUGGAGCUGAAAUGGCAGCUAUGUGCGGCAUACAGAGAAGAAGAGAUUUACGGGAGACAGAAGAGCCGCGCCAUAUGGCUGAAAGAGGGCGAUAGGAAUACCAAAUACUUUCAUGCUAAAACUAAGAAACACCGAGCUCAAAACCGAAUCAUAAAGCUCAAGAACUCGAUGGGGCAAUGGGUGGAAACUGAAGAUGAAACCGAGCAAGUCGCAGUCGAGUAUUUCAGUAAUCUUUUUGAAACUUCGAACCUCUCAUCGUAUGAAGAGAGUAUCCGGUGUGUUGCCGAGAAAGUGAUUGGAGAAAUGAACGCAGCGCUGACUGCUCCGGUCUCAGAUACUGAAAUCAGGGACGCUGUUUUCGCUAUAAACCCCAAUCGAGCACCAGGCCCCGAUGGGAUGACCAGUGUCUUCUACCAGCGGUUCUGGAAGAUGGUAGGCGAGGGUGUCAGCAGUAUGGUACGUGGAUUCUUUGAGACUGGAGAGUUUGAUGAGAGAAUUAACCAGACGAACAUCUGCUUGAUACCUAAGACAGAUAGACCGGUUACUAUGGCUGAGUUUCGUCCAAUCAGCCUAUGUAAUGUCAGUUACAAGAUCAUAUUGAAGAUCUUAUCGAAUUGCCUACAGAAAAUUCUACCUGAAAUGAUCUCUGAAACUCAAUCAGUCUUUGUGGCUCGACGGCUGAUAACGAAUAACAUUCUAGUAGCUCAGGAGAUGUUUCAUGCCUUAAGGACGAACGAGAGCUGUAAAUCAAAAUACAUAGCUAUCAAGAUGGACAUGAGUAAGGCACAAAAUAGAGUGGAAUGGGGCUUCCUCAAAGCUGCAAUGGAGAGAAUGGGGUUCGACCAGAAAUGGAUCCAUCUGAUCAUGAGUUGCGUCUCGUCGGUCUCGUAUCAAAUUCGGGAAGCAGAAAGCUUACUGAUGAUCACGGGCUUAAAGAUUGCUAGAGCUAGCCCGGCGGUCUCUCAUUUACUCUUCGCUGAUGACAGCCUUUUCUUUUGUAAAGCGGAGCCUAAUCAGUGCCAGGAGUUAAUGAGAAUUAUUGAUGUCUAUGGUUACGCCUCAGGACAACAACUGAAUAAAGAAAAAUCUUCAGUUAUGUUCAGUUCUAAGGAGACCCAUAAAAAAUUGACUGGAGCCAUCUCGAGAUUCUGGUGGAGUGUUAAAGCUAACAAUAGAGGUCUCCCCUGGGUUGCAUGGGACAAGAUUUGCAUACCGCAGGAACAGGGAGGCCUGGGAUUCAGAGACUCUCGAGACUUUAAUCUAGCCUUAUUAGCCAAACAGCUUAUGGACAGCUCGGUCCGUUCUGGAAGAGGGCCUGCAACGUACGAUAGGAACAUGGGAACACACGAAGGCUGGGAGGACUGUUGGAUCCCAGAUGUGAGAGCAAGGCCGACUUUACAAGUUGGAGAUAUGUUCGAUGUCGACCUGAAAGUCCAUCAUUUUAUAGAUUAUGAAUCCAAAACUUGGAAUGAACCACUCAUUAGAGAACUGGUGAGGGCAGAGGACAACACAAAGAUUCUCAAAAUGAAGCCUAGCCGCCUAGGUAGAAAAGAUGGAUAUACUUGGAGCUUUACAAAAUCUGGAGCAUAUACAGUGAGAGCUGGAUAUGAAGUGACUAAUGACCGACAGAGAGCACUAGGGGAGGCACAGGUUGCAGAGCCUAGUGUUACACACCUGAAGAAAGAGCAGCGAGCAGACUCUGCGAUCGACAUUGUGCAACAGAUAGAUCUUGUCUCCAAUGUGGAGCAGAGGAGGAGACGAUCAACCAUAUCUUAUUUGAAUGUCCCCCCGCAUUGCAAUGCUGGGCCUUAUCUGACAUUCCUACUCUUUCGGGCGUACCCGUGUAGUGCUUUAUUUACAAACAUUGACCACCUCCUGUGGAGAGCAAAGGAACAAGGUGUUCCGAAGGAAAUAUUAGAACCCUUCCCUUGGGUUGUGUGGUAUAUAUGGAAGGGACGCAACAACAAGCUCCUUAAUGGAGUUGACCCCUCUCCACUAGAUACGCUUCAACUUGCAUUGGCUGAGGCAAAUAGUUGGAAAGUGGCGCAGAUCAUCCCUCCUAUUGAGGACGAAACUAUACCGGAAGGGCUAGAAGAGGAGAGCGCCCCUAGCCUGAGGCAGGAAAUGACUGGAUUCCGAUGCCAAGUAGAUGCAUCGUGGGUUCAUGAAGGACAAAAGUCGGGCAUGGGAUUUAUACUGAUGAAUGGAGAAAAGAAAAUUCUCGUGGGAAUGAAGAACUGUCCUAUUCUCACAUCUCCAUUGCAGGCUGAAGCGGAAGGACUAUCUUGGGCUAUGAAGAAGAUGUUAGAAGAGGGUCAUGUCUCAGUGAAUUUUGAAACGGACUGCGCCCAGCUCAUAAAAUUGAUACAAAGCUUAGAAGAAUGGCCAGCUAUGGCGGAAGCUAUUGAAGAUAUCCUGAUCAUCUCAAUAGGCUUUGUGCAUUUCUCUAUCUCGUAUCUACCAUGUGGUAAGAACCAACGAGCCGACGGUCUUGCGAAAGCAGCUAGGGCUGGGUCUGAUUGUUUCUCGAUUACUUUUGUUGAGACUCCUGUUUGGCUGGCUCAUGUAGCUAGGCUAUUGGAGUGA